AUGGAUCAAGAAGAAUUUGACUAUCAAGAAGAAGAACAAGAAGCAAUUCAAUUUUCAAUUCUUAAUACUUUAAAGAGUGAAGGUGAAAAAGAGAAAGUUAUUCAAGAUUUAAUAAAUUUAAUUAGAUUUUUUUAUCAUCAAAUUAAUAAAUCAGAAUCAAAUGAAACCAAACUCGAAUUAAUUAAAUUGUAUAAUAUGGUAUUGGAGCUAUUGAAAAAAAUUCAAGAAGCAGCAGAAUCAUGUGGAAUGAUGUCAAACUUAUUCGAACUCUACCAGGUCUCAGAUCAACUCAGAUACUACUUUGCAUUAUUCAAUGGUGAUAUUAAAAUGAAACUUAAUAACAUUUUUUCAACAGACAAAGACAGCAAUAAACAAGUAAUGGAUUAUUUUAAUAAAAACGAUAAUAUCAAUUUCGAAUCAAAUAUAUUAAAGAGUUUUCUAAAUAAUAAUAAUAAUAAUAAUGAUUCAACACUAUCAACCACUGUAAAUAAAGCUAUAGAAUUGUUUAACUAUAACAGAAAUGAAAUUAAUGCAAAACUAAUGAGUAUUGCUAAAAGUGAUGAGGAAAAGGAGGCAACUAAAAGAGAAAUACAGGACGAGCUUUGCAAACAAAAAGAAAGCCAAACAGAUGCCAAACAAGAGGAGGAGGAAAUGAUCAACGAAAAAGAAGCUAUCGAAAAAAGUUUCUUUAUAAUGUUUCAAUUAUUUACAAGUUUUCUCUACAAUUUACAAUCUUUAGGUGAAAAAUCGUUAUUAUCAUUUCAAGAUUUCUCAGAUAGCGCAACAGAUAAACAAAACCUCUUCAGCAUGUUAAUUCAAAGAGAUUUAGUGUGUUUAAAAUCAAUUAUCCAAUUAUUAAAACUACUCGUUAAUAAUAAUAGCACCGAUAAUAAAAACGAAGAUCAAUAUAUUUUAAAUGCAACCUCACAAAUCCAAUAUAAAACCGAUUCAUCAUCACCACCAUCAAGUUUUGUAAAUUUGGUCCAAAAUGUACUUUUAAACUAUAUAGAAAAAAACAAUUUAGAUGAAGAAUCAAUUUUAAGUUAUUUAAAUCAAUAA